AUGCCCACCGAGAUACAGGGCAUCAAAUCCAGCGAUGUCCAUGCCAAGAUCAAGCUGUUGAUCGAUGGCAUGGUCAACAUCAAAGACAAGACCGGCGAGUUCCUCCUGAAACUGGAUGACGGCCGUGUCAUCGACACUAAGGGAUGGAACGACUGGGAGUGGACCCACGGUGUCGGUCUGUAUGGCAUAUGGCAGUACUACGAGUUGACGGGCGACGAGAAAUGUCUCGAGAUCAUCGAGGCCUGGUUCGCCAACCGUUUCGCCGCUGGUGGGACAACAAAAAAUAUCAAUACCAUGGCAGUGUUCCUGACCCUGGCAUAUGUGUACGAAAAGACAAAAAACCCGGCUUACCUGCCGUGGUUGGACAGCUGGGCCGAGUGGGCAUAUCGGGACCUUGACCGGACCAAAUUCGGCGGAAUGCAACACGUUACAUAUGUCAGCCUGCACGACGGUCAGCUGUGGGAUGACACGUUGAUGAUGACUGUUCUCCCGUUGGCCAAGAUCGGCCUGGUGCUGAACAGGCCGCACUAUGUUGCUGAGGCUAAGAAGCAAUUCAUACUCCACUGCCAGUAUCUGUUCGACACCAAGACAGGCCUGUUCUUCCACGGCUGGGAGUUCUACAAGGACGGCGCCAAGCAAGGCAAGUUGGGGCACAACUUUGCAGAGGCAAGAUGGGCUAGGGGCAACAGCUGGUUGACCAUCGUGAUCCCCGAGUUCAUUGAGCUCUUGAAGCUCGAUUUGGCAACAGACCCUGUGGGAUCGCACCUCCGUGACGUACUCGAGGCGCAAUGCUCAGCACUCUCAUCUCUACAAGCGCCAUCGGGUCUCUGGAGGACACUUCUAGACAUACCAGAAGGUGAAGGUUCCUAUCCAGAAGCCAGCGCCACAGCCGGGUUCGCAUUUGGCAUCCUCAAGUCGAGACGGAAGCGCUAUCUUGACCCGUCCACUCCUGUCUCCGCCCCUGAAGCCGAUGACUGCCGGAAGUUGAAGGGCGCCAAAGUGGGAGGAUAUGAUGAGGUUGCGGUGAGAGCCAUCAAGGCGGUCAUUGAAAACGUGGAUGAGAAUGGAGAGCUGCUCAACACCUCCUUCGGAACUGCCAUGGGCGAUACUUUGCAGCACUACAAGGACAUCCCUAUCACAAGUAUGCCGUACGGUCAGGCCAUGGCAAUCAUGGCUCUUGUCGAAUUUUUGAGAGUGUACAUCUAG